GUAACCCCUUUUUGGGCUGGGUUUGACGGUAUUGACUUUCUUUCCUCUUUCUACUGGACUACAGACUGCAAUCCCAGUAGUGAGUGGCAUUGUUCACAUAGACAUUAAGUGUUUUGCUGAAAGGUAUCAGCACUGUGGCCACUGAAGACCAGGUAUAUAAGGAGUUGGGAAGACUGUGGGGAAUGUAGGACUUGGAAACCAGCACACUUUGCUCCUUUCUCUGUUGCUGACCUCAUUUACCUCAGGUUCCCUGGCUAAAACUGUGUGGCUACUGCUGGCCUAGUGCCUAUCAACCUAUUGAUCCUUGAGGCUGUUCCCUGGGGCACUCCAUGUUAGGGCCUGCCACCAUGCGACUGAGCUCCCUGUUGGCUCUGCUGCGACCAGCACUCCCCCUCAUCCUGGGGCUGUCUUUGGGAUGCAGCCUGAGCCUUCUGCGCGUUUCCUGGAUCCAGGGUGAGGGAGAAGAUCCCUGUGUAGAGGCUGUGGGGAAGCCAGGAGGGCCACAGAAUCCAGACUCAAAAACUGGGUUGGACCAAAGCGAUGAAGACUUCAAACCCAGGAUUGUCCCCUACUACAGAGAUCCUAACAAGCCCUACAAGAAGGUGCUCAGGACUCGGUAUAUCCAGACAGAGCUGGGCUCUCGUGAGCGCUUGCUGGUAGCUGUCCUGACUUCCCGCGCCACACUGUCCACACUGGCCGUCGCUGUUAACCGCACAGUGGCACAUCACUUCCCUCGAGUACUCUACUUCACAGGGCAGCGAGGGGCCCGUGCUCCAGCAGGGAUGCAGGUGGUGUCUCAUGGAGAUGAGCGGCCUGCCUGGCUCAUGUCAGAGACCCUGCGCCACCUUCACACACACUUUGGGGCUGACUAUGACUGGUUCUUCAUCAUGCAGGAUGACACGUAUGUGCAGGCCCCCCGAUUGGCAGCUCUCACUGGCCACCUUAGCAUCAACCAAGACCUGUACUUGGGCCGUGCAGAGGAAUUCAUUGGUGCAGGCGAGCAGGCCCGGUACUGCCAUGGGGGCUUUGGCUACCUGCUGUCACGGAGUCUCCUGUUGCGCUUGCGGCCACAUCUGGAUGGCUGCCGAGGGGACAUUCUCAGUGCCCGGCCUGAUGAAUGGCUUGGCCGCUGCCUCAUCGACACUCUGGGCAUCGGCUGUGUCUCACAGCACCAGGGACAACAGUAUCGCUCCUUCGAACUGGCCAAGAAUAGGGACCCUGAGAAGGAGGGGAGCUCUGCUUUCUUGAGUGCCUUCACCGUUCACCCUGUCUCAGAAGGUACCCUCAUGUACCGGCUCCACAAACGCUUCAGUGCUCUGGAGUUGGAGCGGGCUUACAGCGAAAUAGAACAACUACAGGCUCAGAUCCGGAACCUGACGGUGCUGACUCCUGAAGGGGAGGCAGGGCUGAGCUGGCCUGUUGGGCUCCCAGCCCCUUUCACUCCACACUCUCGCUUCGAGGUUCUAGGCUGGGACUACUUCACAGAGCAGCACACCUUUGCUUGUACAGAUGGGGCUCCCAAAUGCCCGCUGCAGGGGGCUAGCAGGGCAGACAUAGGCGAUGCUGUGGACACUGCUCUGGAACAGCUCAAUCGGCGCUAUCAGCCCCGCCUGCGCUUCCAGAAACAGCGGCUGCUCAAUGGCUAUCGGCGCUUUGACCCUGCCAGGGGCAUGGAGUACACCCUCGACUUGCUCCUGGAAGCUGUGACUCAGCGAGGGCACCGACGCUCCCUAGCCCGCAGAGUCAGCCUGCUGCGGCCACUGAGCAAGGUGGAAAUCCUGCCUAUGCCCUAUGUUACUGAGGCUACCCGGGUGCAGCUGGUGUUGCCGCUCCUGGUGGCUGAAGCUCCCAACGCCCUGGCUUUUCUUGAGGCCUUUGCUGCCAGUGUUCUGGAGCCCCGAGAACAUGCAUUGCUCACCCUGCUGUUGGUAUAUGGGCCCCGGGAAGGCCGCGGGGGCCCUGACCCGUUUCUUGGGGUGAAGGCUGCAGCAGCUGAGUUAGAACGAAGGUACCCUGGGGCAAGGCUGGCCUGGCUUGCUGUGCGAGCAGAGGCCCCUUCCCAGGUGCGACUCAUGGAUGUCAUCUCCAAGAAACACCCUGUGGACACACUCUUCUUCCUUACCACCGUGUGGACAAGACCUGGGUCGGAAGUCCUCAACCGCUGCCGUAUGAAUGCCAUCUCUGGCUGGCAGGCCUUCUUUCCAGUCCACUUUCAGGAGUUCAACCCUGUUCUGUCACCACAGAGAUCCCCCCCAGGUGUCCCUGGGGCUGGCCCCGACCCCCCAUCCCCUGGUGUGGACCCUUCUCGGGGGGCUCCUGUCGGGGGCAGAUUUGACCGGCAGGCAUCGGCAGAGGGCUGCUUCUACAAUGCUGACUACCUGGCAGCCCGUGCCCGGCUGGCUGGGGAACUGGCAGGCCAGGAAGAGGAGGAAGCCCUGGAGGGGCUGGAGGUGAUGGAUGUUUUCCUCCGGUUCUCAGGGCUCCACCUCUUUCGAGCCGUAGAGCCAGGGCUGGUGCAGAAGUUCUCCCUGCGGGACUGUAGCCCCCGGCUCAGCGAGGAACUGUACCACCGCUGCCGCCUGAGUAAUCUGGAGGGGCUGGGAGGCCGUGCCCAGCUGGCCAUGGCUCUGUUUGAACAGGAGCAGGCCAAUAGCACUUAGCUUCCCCACCCACCCCUACGCCUGCCAUAGUCCCAGGAAGGGCAAGGCAAGGUGAUGGACAGAUGGAGGGCUUGUCGCUGUAUUUUUUUUUUAAUAAGAAAAUGUUAAUUAAAAAUAUCUUCUGCUAAACUGUUUUUAGGUCUAGGGAGAGGGUAAGAAGAAGAAUCUGUGGGAGGGUUGUGGCGUUUGUCUGCAAGGUCCCACUGCCUACCCCCUCUUUCCCUUUCUCCCUUCCCAGUCCCCAAUGACCACGAGGCUGCUGUCUGAUGAGUGACCUUUAAUAAUCCAGUCCUCCCCACUCUGCCCGAAACCCCACGGUAGCAGGGGAGGGAGGCUAGAGUCCAAGGCCUAUGCUGGAUGGUGGCUGGCUGAUCCACAGUGAUGCUUGUUCACGGGCUCCUAGGUGUUGCGCACGACCAGCGAUUGCUCCAGCUCCUGCCUGCGCUGCUGGAUCUUUAGAGGAAGUGUGAGCAGGGGCAGGGUUACAGUGAUCCUGGUGAGUGACCAGGGGGUACCCCUUCCCUGAAAGAGUCUGGGAGCCAGGAGACUACUGCAUGGGGAUGUAGGGUGGUGGACAGGUGUUACGCAUACGCAGCAGCAAAGACUGUUGGAAGGAGAAGCAAGGGUUCGCCAGGAUUGGAGGAGAGGGAAGCCUCAUGUUCAAGGACCUCCAUUACCUUACAGUAGAAGUAGCGGCUGACGGCUUCUUGGGACCAGGGCUGGUGGUAGAACUCAGCCCGGCGUUCCUCUUCAGGGUUACCAGCCACAUCUGUCAUUACCUGGGAGGGAGCAUGGGGUCUGUCCUGAGUUCCCCAGUGCCUCACCUGCCCGGGCUGCAUGUCCAUCUUUCCCUCCCCAUGUGCUUGUCUUGGUGUCAAUGCUCCCUGAGCCCUCUCUCUUCACCUUGAGGUCUCGGCUCUGAGAGCGGAGCAGGUCUUGGACGUAGCCUUUUGGGUCUCUGGAGAAACUUAGCAUGAAGUCCCUCUGGAUCUUGAGCUGGUUUAUGGACUCAAUCGUCUCAUGGAUCUACAGCUCUGGGCUCAGGCCGCACCUUACUGUCCAGAGCACUGAUCUCCUGCUGGUUGGCUGUGGACAGGAGAAAGCUGCUCAUCUGCCCCUUCAGUGGCUCCUCUACCUCCACAUCAAUGUCAUAGCACGCUGUCUUCUUCUGGUCUGAUGGGUCCACGCUGCCAGAGAAGCCCAGCCUUUGAUGUCUAUGGUAUACCCCACAGAGGCCCAGGGCUAGGGCAGGGGUGGGUACAGGAGGAGGGUGGAGAAAGCAGGGAAGGCUUUCCUCUGUCUAUGGAGGAAGCUAGGCCACCUCACCUGAUGACAUGGUUGAUGACAAUUGGGUCAGGGGGCAGCAGCAGGGCUGUGAGGCGCUGGGGAAUCUCAGAGAACUUCAAGCGGGGACAGUCAAAAAUCUAAAGCAGGGUUGUUGAGAGGGGGUCAGCCUCGUGUGUGCAUUUGUGAAGAGACAGUAACUAAUUUGGUUCCUUCCAUUCUGGAAAGACCACAAGAAGCUGAGAGCAAGUCAGAUUACUGGGUGAUCAUGGCAAUGAGCCAAGCUAGAGGUGGAGAAACAGGCAUGCCUAAUGGGCAGGGCAGUGUGGGCCCUAACUAUGCCUGUUUGGCUCUUGGUCCCUUCUACCACAUUCUGUGAGCAAAUUACUUAACACCUUGGGUCUCAGUGCCCCCAUCUCUAGAAUUGGGGAUAUUAACAAUCCCUGUCUCACUGGUUGUCAUGAAGAUUAGGUGAAUUAGAAUUGGAAUGGUAUAUGGUAAGUGCUCAAUAAAUUCCAACUACGAUUUCUACUCA